GUGAUGUAUAUUCGAAAUCUUGUGAUGUAUGUUCAAUAAUCUUGUGAUGUAUAUUCGAAAUCUUGUGAUGUGUGUUCUACAAUUCAGUGAUGCGUGCAAUAAAAUUGCAUGACGCAACAGAAAAGUAAGGACAAUUUUCAUUGGUUAGAAAUAACGAAAGUAGCUGAAGCGUCGGGAAAACCAUGCAGACGAGCUGAUCGCCAACCAGGAGAUCAGAAUGAUAGCAUCUGCUCCUGCCACUUUAAGGAUGGUAAGAAGGAGGGGGACCCUGCAUAUUUUGCAUGGAAUGAAGGAAAGGCCAUGGAUUUCUCUGAUCCUAAAUGUACAAAAAGGAGGAAAAAACUCAAAAGUGAGGAGUCCCUGUCAUCUUCACAGAUGGACCAGUUGCAGAUUCCACAAGCACCAAAAUGUCAAUAUCAAGAAAAAUUGAUAUCAGAGCACAACUACUCAGCAUCCUGCACAUUUAACUGUACUCAAGAAAUGCAGCGCCUCUCAACAGAAAUACAACUGGAAAAGGAAUUGCUUGCCCUAAAAAUAGAGUCUAUAUAGUAAAAGGAAGCCAAUAUCAAUCCACGAUAUUAAAUACAACGAAGUGAAGGUACAUUUAAAGGAAUUCCAAUUGUGAUUUCCUAUUUCCUAACAAUUUCAGUUACUGUAAUAAAAACUUGUUGCCAUUGAGGGAUGAACAUCUUAGAUUGACUGUUAUGUUAACAUAUUUUGUUAUUAUUUGGGAGUGUUAGGUCUCUGAUCAGCAGGGGCAUUUUCUCUAUAUAAGAAGAAAAUGGAGACUCCCUACCCACCCGAUGUAUUUUGUCGGACAGUUUUCUGUACAUUGCAGUCACCAAUAUAUCCAAAUAUCAUCACCGGCCCAGACGUCAUUCACUCCUUUGAAUUGUGCUGGUAGCAGUAAGGUGUCAUCAUUUGAGAUGGUCACAGUAUCCAAUACACUGAAGUCACAGGACUCAAAUUUCAUACAUGUUCACAGAUGCUGUCUGAUGGCGUAGUGUAGAAUGUAGCGUAGAAUGUUUUCCAAGUCAGCUUAAAUGCAAAGGUUUGUUUUAAAAUUUAUCAUAAUGACUUGCAAAAAUUUAAUGCAGUUAAAUUUAUUGUAUU